UGCCCGCUGGACCGCGGCCUCCUGGCCCCACAGACCGCCACUGACAGGAGAAGCCGCCUUCUCCUGCAGGGCCCUCAACCCGCAGGGCAGCCUCUGGAGCAUGGAUCCCUCCUGAUUCUGCUCCCAAACCCCAUGUUCCUCACGGUCAAGCUGCUCCUGGGCCGGAGAUGCAGCGUGAAGGUGACGGGGCAGGAGAGCGUGGCCACGCUGAAGAAGUUAGUGUCCAAGAGGCUGCAGGUGCCGGAGGAGCAGCAGCACCUGCUCUUCCGAGGCCAGAUUCUGGCUGAUGACAAGCUUCUCUCUGACUAUGGCAUCGGGCCCAAUGCCGCCAUCAAUGUCAUCAUGCGACCCCCCGAGAAGCCGGCGCCCUCCCAGGCCCGCCAGCCCCUGUGGCACCACCUGGACCAGGUCCUGGCCAAGCACUUCAGCCCGCAGGAUGCCGAGGCCGUGCUGCAGCUGCUGCGGCAGGAGCAUGAAGCGCGCCUGCAGAGGAUAAGCCUGGGCGACCUGGAGCAGCUGGCCCAGUACCUCCUGACGGAGGAGCCGCUUGCGGAGCCCACGGGGGAGAGGGAGGCCGAGGCCGAGGCUGAGGCCAAGGCCUCGGAGCCCCCAGAGAAGGAGAAGACUGAUCAGUAAACUGGCCUGUCCUAUUCAUGU